CAUACAUACCAACCCUCACACAAUGACUGUUCCCACAAUGGAGCUGACGGAGGAGGAGACGGCGGCUAAGCAGUACUUUAUAACGCUGUUUGCGGCCUUCGGCAAACCGUGCGAUGUUGGCACAGGAGCGAGCUUAGAAACGCGUCUACCCACCUGGUUUGACGAGGCCAAGUUCAAGCGGGGCCAGAAGUUCUACAACGACAACCGGUUUGGCAUCCUGCAGGCCAACUUCUGCAGCUUGCUGGUGUUGCUGGCCGAUCCGAAGGGCUUACGCAUCCUCGAACACACGGGCAAAUCCAGCACGAUGGAAACGGCCCGCAAACGAUACGUGUCCACUUUCAUACACUUGAGCGAUUGGUACGAGAGUGAUCUGGUUCCCGGAUCGCGGUCUUGGAAAUCACUCUCGCAGGUUCGCCGGAUGCACCUGAGUGCUUCGAACAGUGCCACAAAGCGCAACCUCGGCUUCAUCAGCCAACCGGAAAUGGCCCUUACCACGUUUGGGUUCAUGGGAUUUCCACUGAUUCGUCCACACCUACUCGGUAUCCGUUACGACAAUCGUGAGGAUCGCGAAGCGUUUGUGCACUUUUGGGCGGUAAUCGGGUUCAUGUUGGGUGUCGAGGAUGUCUACAACAUGUGCCUGCAUCGGUUGGAGGUGGUCGAGAUGAUCUGCCGCAUGGUGAUGCGGUACGUGUUCUUGCCAUCACUGCAGCUUGAGACGCCACUUUUCCGCCAGAUGAUUGGUGCCAUCGUGGAUGCGUUCACCGGCUACAUGCCGUUCGUGUCGUAUGAGAGCGUGCUGUUUCUGACACGGCGCCUUGUCGGCAUUCCCGGCUAUCAGUACGCGGUGGAUCUCCAGAAAGAGCAAAUUUGCCGACCGCUACUGACAAAGCAGGAGCUGGAUGGCGUGCUAGAAUAUAUGACUCCGCGGGAAGGCUACCGGCAGGUGAUCGCAAUGUACCGCGCCAUCUUCAGCGACAAGCUGCGAUUGUACACGGUGAAGGAUCUGGCGGAUGAGAUCAACCACAACUACCAGGAGACGUCCUCGGAGGGAACGAAUGGGACGUACACGAAGCUCCCAAGCGAGGAAGAUGACGAUCUGCAACGCCAGAAGGCGUCUGAGCGGCAGCUUCGCGAACUGCUUGGUCUGACGUACAACCAGGAGCUGGUCAUGACGACCGUGGAUGAUGAGACCGAGUGGAGCUCAUACCUGAGCGAUGUCAAGCUGAAGCAGCUGUCUUCUCGUGGUCAAACAAACGUGCGCGUGACAGCACAGAGCCUCAAUCUGUGCUAUACCACGAUUGGGCGGUUCACAAACGAGACAGCCCUUUCAUUCAUUUUGUAUCGUGUGAAGCGACUCCACGGAAAGUGAGGAGAGAUCUGCCCAUUGGCACCAGCAACGCAUGACAACGAAACAUGAACACCGGAGCUACCGGGCAACGAAAUUGUAAUGGUAAACAACGAUUAGAGGGUAAUAAUGAUGUAGAGAUAGAGAACUAUUACGGCGUAUGGUUGCAAACAGACAUGUACCUUCAACGGAAAAUAAGGGUGUGAAUG